ACGUUUUUUCAAUGUUUAGUUGACAAUGGCAGCAGAGGGGGAUUUUCUGAUGAGAUAUCGUGCUGUAUCUAAUAAAUUAAAAAAACGUUUUCUUCGAAAGCCCAAUGUUGCUGAAGCCAGUGAACAGUUUGGUCAGUUGGCUAAAGAACUGAAGCAACAAGACUGUCUCCAGUAUGCAGCAUUCUGUAACCUUGCAAUGGCAAGGUGUGAGCAGACUCUGUUCAAUGCUCCCGGGGAGGCCCUGGCCCUGACCGAUGCUGCCCGACUCUUCCUGCUCUCCGAGAAGGAGAACAGAGCACUACAAGCCCCAGGCUUUGAUGAGCACCUACAGGCCGCACUCAACUGCUAUAGCUUCGCCAUCAAGGUAUACAUUGAGAUGAACCAACCCGUCAUGGCCGCCAGUCUGUCUCUGGAACUUGGUAAUGCCCUCAAGGAGAUGAACAGACCAGGUGAAGCCGUAGUUCAUUACCAGAGAGCAGCCGAGCUACAGACGCAGCAACCCAUUGAGUCUCUGCUGUCCAUGGGAGAGAUGGCCACCUGUAAAAUCCUCACCCGUGACUACGACGGAGCGCUGGCCGUGCUGACAGAAAUGCAGCUGUUGUGUCAGGAGAGAGGCCUGCAGUUGCCCGGCUCCAACACUCCUGUCGGCGCAUUUCUUGACAUUGUAGCCAAGUGUGAAAUCUCCCGAGUCCUUUUGCUGAUGCUACUUGAGCCCCCCCCCCAGAAGCUGUUACCGGAGCACGCCCAGACACUGGAGCGAUAUGCCUGGGAGUCCUUCGACCCUCAUAGUCAAGUGAGCUUCUUACCUGAAAAUGUGUUCCUGCUGCUGCAGUCAGUCGUGAUGGCCUGCCAGGAGAAAGACACUGAGUCACUCAAGUCACUUCACACUGAACUCUGGCCACUUCUGUCUGCAGAGCAGAACCACCUUCUUCACCUGGUGGUGCAGGAGCGGAUUACCCCGUCCGGACAGGGGAUCUAGUAGCCCCAUCCGACUGGCCACACCCCUCGGGAUGACGCGCAUCAUAACAUCCCUGUCUUGGUUGGGGUUUGCAUUCAAUGCUUUUUGUGAACUGGACCAAGCGCAAUGUUGUGAAAGAUGUGAAUCGUCCUCUCCGCCCUGUAAUACCUAUUCAUGGCCUCUGGAUGGCCCUGGUGGUUUGGUCUCAAUACAAUAGUUAUUUAUUUUAAAUGUUGUGUCAAAGAGAUGAGAUAUGGAAGCUGUAGUUUAUUUUUUCUGUGGUGUUUUUAUUUUGUUUAUAUAUUGAAUAGUCUGAAUGAAAUAGCUUAAAUUCAAAUGGAUUUGUAAAAUAUAAAAAAAAAUAAUCUGAUGCAUUUUUAAUGUGAUAUUAAAUACAGCAAGUUGA